UCUAUAAAGUUGGUGCACCUUAAAAAAACCAAACACCGAUGCAGUGUUGGGAAGGAGAAGAAAACACAAACCCAGGGAUCCAAGGAAUGGAUAAGGGAAGGAAAAACUAUGUUGCUCACUGUCUUGUCCUACCAUAUCCUGCACAAGGACACAUCAAUCCUAUGCUUCAGUUCUCCAAGCGUUUGGUGCAGAGAGGAGUGAAGGUGACACUGAUAACAGUUGUGUCCAAUUGGAAGACAAUGAGCAACAAAAACAUCACUUCCAUAGAAGUUGAGAGCAUCUCAGAUGGCUAUGAUGAUGGAGGGCUUGCAGCAGCAGAGAGCCUUGAGGCUUACAUAGACACAUUUUGGAGGGUUGGAUCAGAAACUCUUGCUGAGCUUGUUCACAAGCUUGCAGGGUCAAGCCACCCUCCAGAUUGUGUUAUCUAUGAUGCUUUCAUGCCUUGGGCUCUUGAUGUUGCAAAGAAAUUUGGACUACUUGGUGCUACUUUCUUCACUCAGUCUUGCUCAACAAACAACAUAUACUUGCAUGCUUAUAAGAAACUGCUGGAGUUGCCUCUCUCACAGACAGAAUAUUUGUUGCCAGGGAUGCCAAAGUUUGCAGCUGAGGAUUUUCCAUCUUUCUUGAACAAAUAUGGGUCAUACCCUGGCUUCUUUGGUGUAGUUGUGAACCAAUUUGCUAAUAUUUAUAAAGCAGAUUGGGUUCUUGCAAACACAUUUUAUGAACUGGAGCAAGGGGCUGUGGAUUGGCUGGUGAAGAUUUGGCCAUUAAAGACAAUAGGACCAUGCUUGCCAUCUAUGUAUUUGGACAAAAGACUGCAAGAUGACAAGGACUAUGGUGUUAACAUGUAUAACCCAAACUCAGAAGCAUGCAUCAAGUGGCUUGAUGAUAAACCAAAAGGGUCAGUUGUGUAUGUCUCUUUUGGGAGCAUGGCAGAGCUUAGUGAGGAGCAAACUGAGGAACUAGCUUGGGGUUUGAGAGAUGGUGGAAAUUAUUUCAUAUGGGUGAUUAGAGAUUCUGAGCAGGGUAAGCUUCCAAAGGACUUUGUUGGCACAUCAGAGAAGGGUUUAAUAGUCGCAUGGUGUCCUCAACUACAAGUCUUGAUACAUGAGGCUUUGGGGUGUUUUCUCACACACUGUGGUUGGAACUCUACAUUGGAAGCUUUGAGCUUAGGAGUUCCACUAAUUGCAAUGCCACUGUGGACAGACCAGAUCACAAAUGCAAAGCUUGUAAGGGAUGUGUGGAAAAUUGGAGUCAAAGCUGUUGCUGAUGAGAAAGAGAUAGUUAGAAGAGAAACAAUCACACAUUGCAUAAAGGAAAUAUUGGAGACUGAAAAGGGAAAUGAAAUAAAGAAAAACUCCAUCAAAUGGAAGAAUUUGGCCAAGAAUUAUGUUGACGAGGGAGGAAAUUCUGAUAAAAGUACAACAGAAUUUGUAACUGAACUGGCUCAUCGCUGUGCUGCAUCAAAAUGAUGGCGGAGAAUGCUCUGAUAAUAUAUAAAAGUUGUGUGCCGCUGCCAAAUUUCGCUAUGCUAAUUCUGCUAAGAAUAGUUAUUGUUGGCAUCUUUAUGUAGUAACGAGAAAACAAGGUUGCCAACUUAAAUUAGUGUGUUCGAAUUCCGGUUAAAAACUUACAAAAUUAGUGUGUUCGAUUUCCGGUAUGUCUUUUAGAACAUCGUUUGUUCUAGCAUAUAUUUCUGUAGUAAAUUAUGCAUGUUGAUUUGCUCAAUCAUAAUAAGAGUUUAUUUUUUUCUUGUGCUCUA